AAGGAUACGGUCAUUCUGCCGAUACCACAAAAACUUCAAAAAAAAUCACAGCGAAUUUUAAACAAAGUUUCUGCUCCGCAACCAACAAAAAGUGGCAUACGUUCAUUGUCGUUGCCUACCUACAAGAAUCAGAAUCAAUAUAAGAAAGUUAGUUUAUAUGAAACUUUACCUCAGUGCAAUUUAGAGGAUCAAGUUCAAAUUAAGAAAUUGGAUGUUCAACUUACUAAAGGAAUUGAAACGUAUGAAAAUGAAAAAAAAUCCCAAUAUACUGGACAGUCAGAAUUCGAGAAACAAGUAGUUCGUGAUCUGACAAUGAUGAAAUUUGAAUUGCGUAGAAUAGCGGAAAUGAUUACUAAUUUAUCUCUUAACUUGUCUGACAAACAAGAAGUCAUCCCUAUGAAACAAAAUGAGAAACCGCCAGAUGACAAUAUUCUACCAGUGUUCCCACUGCAAAACUGGCAACAUUUCUGUGAUUUAGAAAAUUUACUGCAUUCAAAUGAAGUUGCUAAUAGACAACUUGAAAAAAUGCUAUUUAAGCGUGGGGGACGAGACCCGAGCGAGUUCAUUCGACGCAUCCUGUCAAAGCUGUUUUCCAACGAAUUAGCGGUUAGAGUUUCGUGGCUUGGGCGAAAACAGAAUAAGAGGCUGGAAGGCACUAUAGUGGCGCGUACAAUAUUUGCUGUUAUAAAACUGCGCUACAAAAAUUAUGACGAUCGAGACAUUGAAACAAAAAUUAUCGAUUGGUUCAGGCGAGCAAAUGAUCGCAUUCCAAAAAACCGAAAUAUUAAUGACUGAAUAGAUUUUAAUACAUUGC